UGUACUUGAAGAGGCCUCCGGCGACGGAGGAGACGAAAAAAGUCCAAGGAGCUUAAACCGUAAACCCUUUUCCAUGGCUCAUCUCCUACCUCUCUCCCUCUCCUUCCCCUGCGGGCCCUCUCUCUCCCCCUCCUCUUCCAUUCCUCCCUAUCCUCCUCUUCGCCCUCUCCAUUUUUCUCGGGUCAGGAGAAGGCGCUUCGUUUCCUUCGCCUCCGCUACGAUUGCUUCUCCUAAACCCCUCAUCGCUUCUUUAAAGGAGAAGUUGGGCAGCUUGAAGGGCACCAAGUGGAGCGACCUCUGGAGCCUGAACAACUGGGUCGUUCGGGAUUACUACCGGCUUGUGAAUAUUGUUAAUGCUCUUGAGCCCCAUAUUCAGAGGCUUUCUGACGAACAGCUGAGGGGAAAGACUGUGGAAUUUCGUCUUCGCUUGAGUCAAGGGGAAACGCUUUCUGAUAUACAGGCAGAGGCAUUUGCCGUAGUUAGAGAAGCUGCCAGAAGGAAACUUGGGAUGCGGCAUUUCGAUGUUCAGAUCAUUGGCGGAGCUGUGCUCCAUGAUGGGUGCAUAGCAGAGAUGAAGACUGGUGAAGGAAAAACGCUUGUUUCGACGCUGGCUGCAUAUCUCAAUGCACUCACUGGAAAUGGAGUUCAUGUGGUGACUGUUAAUGAUUACUUGGCUCAGCGUGAUGCCGAGUGGAUGGGCCGCAUUCAUCGUUUUCUUGGCCUUUCUGUGGGUCUCAUACAGGGGGGCAUGGCAGCCAAUGAACGCAGAUCCAACUAUAACUGUGACAUAACAUACACCAAUAACUCGGAACUUGGUUUUGACUACCUCCGGGACAAUCUAUCUGGAAACAGAGAGAGACUUGUUAUGAGAUGGCCAAAGCCAUUUCAUUUUGCAAUUGUUGAUGAAGUCGACUCAGUCCUUAUUGAUGAGGGAAGGAACCCUUUGUUGAUUAGCGGUGAGGAUAGUAGAGAUGCUGCACGAUAUCCAGUUGCUGCCAAAGUAGCUGAACUGCUUGGACGAGGCAUUCAUUACAACGUGGAACUUAAGGAUAAUUCUGUGAAUUUGACUGAGGAAGGAGUUGCUUUUGCUGAGAUGGUUCUUGAAACAGAUGAUUUAUGGGAUGAAAAUGAUCCUUGGGCAAGAUUUCUAAUAAAUGCCUUGAAGGCCAAAGAGUUUUACCGUCGUGAUGUCCAAUACAUUGUUAGGAAUGGAAAGGCAUUCAUAAUUAAUGAGCUUACAGGAAGAGUUGAAGAGAAAAGGAGAUGGUCUGAAGGUAUUCAUCAAGCAGUAGAAGCUAAAGAAGGCCUAAAAAUCCAGGCUGAUUCAGUUGUUGUUGCCCAAAUAACAUAUCAAUCACUUUUUAAGCUCUAUCCAAAGCUUUCAGGGAUGACAGGAACUGCAAAAACCGAAGAGAAGGAAUUCCUGAAAAUGUUUCAGAUGCCAGUUAUUGAAGUACCUACGAAUUUACCAAAUAUCCGGUGUGACUUACCUAUUCAAGCUUUUGCUACUGCACGUGGGAAGUGGGAGUAUGUUCGAGCAGAAAUUGAAUCAAUGUUUCAAUUGGGUCGCCCUGUUUUAGUUGGAACCACAAGUGUUGAGAAUUCUGAGUAUUUAUCUGAUCUACUGAAAGACCGAAAUAUUCCCCAUAAUGUCCUCAAUGCAAGGCCCAAGUAUGCUGCAAGAGAGGCUGAGAUUGUUGCCCAAGCAGGUCGAAAAUAUGCAAUUACAAUUUCUACCAAUAUGGCUGGCAGAGGCACUGAUAUAAUACUAGGUGGUAACCCAAAGAUGCUUGCAAAAGAAGUUAUAGAAGAUAGCUUGCUCCCAUUUAUGACACAUGAAGCUCCUAAUGUUGAAACUGAUGGAGAGCCAAUUUCUCAGAAGGGUUUGUCAAAGAUAAAGGUGGGACCAUCCUCAUUAGCAUUGCUUGCAAAGGCUGCACUUACGGCUAAAUAUGUAUGCAAAAGUGAGGGAAAUGAUUGGUCGUACAGAAAGGCAAAGUCUGUUAUAUCGGAGUCCAUACAGAUGAGUCAAACAGUUGAAAUGGAAGAACUACAGAAGCAGUUGGCUGAGGAAUCUGGGAUGUAUCCCCUUAACCCUGCAAUUGCGGUUGCUUAUCUCAUGGUCUUGAAAGAUUGUGAAGUGCAUUGUUCGAAUGAAGGGGCUGAAGUGAAAAGGUUGGGUGGGCUUCAUGUGAUUGGGACAUCCUUACAUGAGUCCAGGCGAAUAGAUAAUCAGCUUCGUGGGAGAGCAGGUCGACAAGGUGAUCCUGGAUCUACAAGGUUUAUGGUAAGCUUACAGGAUGAGAUGUUUCAGAAAUUCAAUUUUGAUACCGAGUGGGCAGUGAAACUCAUAUCAAAGAUAACAAAUAAUGAAGACAUACCAAUUGAAGGCCAUACCAUUGUGAAACAGCUUUUGGCACUUCAAAUAAAUGCGGAGAAGUACUUUUUUGGAAUAAGGAAGAGUCUUGUUGAGUUUGAUGAAGUCCUAGAGGUCCAAAGAAAGCAUGUCUACAACCUUAGGCAACUGAUUUUAACAGGCGACUCUGAAAGCUGCCGUGAACAAAUCUUUCAGUACAUGCAAGCGGUGGUAGAUGAAAUUGUUUUCGGAAAUGUUGAUCCACUUGAGCAUCCAAGCAACUGGAGACUUGGAAAGCUCUUGGAUGAGUUUGUCGGAAUUGGUGGAAAGAUAUUGGCUGAAUCGUUUGCAGAGAUUAAGGAGCAGGAUAUAUUAUCAUCAGUUGAGCAGAUACAUGGAUUAGACUCUAUAGAGGUUCUUACUUUUUCUCUUCCCAACUUGCCAAUACCUCCAAGUACAUUCAGGGGAAUUUGCAAGAAAAAUUCUUCUUUGAAACGUUGGCUGGCUAUCUGUACUGAUGAUACAGCAAAGAAAGGAAGGUAUGAAGGAACUUCCAACCUUCUUCGCAAGUAUCUUGGGGACUUCUUAAUUGCUUCCUAUUUAGAAGUUGUACAAGAUUCUGGUUAUGAUGAUACAUACAUUCAAGAAAUUGAGAGAGAAGUAAUUGUGAAGACACUAGAUUGUUUCUGGAGGGACCAUUUGGUUAAUAUGAACAGGCUCAGUUCAGCGGUCAAUGUUCGGAGCUUCGGUCAUAGAGACCCUCUGGAAGAAUACAAAAUAGAUGGGUGUCGCUUUUUCAUCUCAAUGCUCAGUGCAACGCGAAGAUUGACGGUGGAAUCAUUACUUCAUUAUUGGUCAUCCCCUAUGGACUCUGAAGAAUUAUAUGCACCAUAAUAAUUAAACACAUAGGUAUAAAAUAUCAUUUCUCUCUGUCAUAUUUGUAUUCUUCAGCGCCAGGACUUCAGAAUUCGGUUUUCACCCCCUUGGGUAGAAUUUGGGUCAUAGUGUUUCCAGCGGUUUCACUCUGAGUUUUAAGAGUUUUAGUCCAAAAUAUCUGAAUAAAAUAGGUAAUAAAAAAGAAAAAUUAAGAGAGAUGAAAGAGGUCGAGGUAAGUUAACUACAUCAUCUUAUUGUAUUUUGAAUUAUUUAUGAUCGUGAUUUGUGUAGUUUGGGUAGCUUUAGACUAAAACUAAACUGUAUUGAAGCUAACUACAUUUAUGGGAAUGUGUCAAUCUGUUGUGAAUUGCUGCCAACCAUCACCUUAUUAAGCAUGGACAUUACUGGGGUAAAAUGAGUUGCUCGUAUCAUGAGGUGGGUCAUUCAAAUAAACAAAGGUCGUGGCAUCAUCAUCAUCAUUGUUUCAAUAUGGUGGAAUUUUAGUGUGUGUGUGUGUGUGAGAGAGAGAGAGAGGAGGGGCAAUUAAUCUAGGUGAUGGUAGUUUUGGUCAAUUCCUCCAAAUUGUUGGCAGUGCGUGCUUGCUGGAGAUGGGUGUUCGGUGACUUGUUAGGGAGGGGUGAAUGUCCAUCGUAUCUUUCAUCAGCAAGUAGAAGUCUCGGUCUAUUUCCGAUCGUUUCAGGCCUAAACCCAUCUGUUUUGGUAAAACUUCCAUUCUUAUGCUGCCUUAUUUCGUUUAUUAUUAUUAUUUUUUGGUAACUGCUAUUUGUUUAGCGCUUGAAAUUUAGUUUGUCUUUGGAAAAAUUUAGACUCUCGAGUUUCCCGUGACUACUACGGUUGGUUCUUUGAUGUUUUAUUUUAGAGGCAGCACAUGAUCGUGUACGAGCACUAGGCAUGUGUGAUUGAUAUGGCCUUUUCUAGUGGAAGAAAUUGUGUCCCCCUGCAAGUAUUCGACAUGUCUAUGAGUGAUGCAAGUGGAAGGGGUAUUUGAUGGAUGGUUGUGAUCUGCAUGAUUGUUUCAGAUGGAUGAUGAUGGAUGACGGCAAACCAUCAACCAACAAAAUGUGCGGGAUCUGUACUCAUGUAGAGACUUGUGCCUCUCAGAUUUUUCUGCCUGCAGGCCUUAAAACUAGACGUUAGAGGAAAGAUGGCAAGGAUUGUAUGGUGUGGUCCUUUGAAGGGAAGAUCGUAUUCUAUGUUACACUUGUCUCAUAGGAGGUCCGUAUCGGCGUGUUAAAUGGUGAAGAAAGAUGCUCGGCCAUCGUCUCGCCUCGGCUGUACACGGAGAGGACUCUGCUUUCGUCAAAGCAUCGAGGGCUCGUCUGGUUAAAGGACCCGCGUGGACGGCUGCUUUUCAUUGACUUUUUGGCCAUUCUUAUCCGAGGGGUCCCGCUGCUGGUUGAAUUCGCGAACCCGUUCUGAUGGCAUCGCUCACCUGAACUGAAAAUGCUUUGUAGGUGUGAGAGUUACGUUCAGGCCUUUUAGACAAGUUUCUCUGAGAUGACCGUGAGCGGGUCGGGUCAAAUUGAGAAAAUGGGCCUUUUAAACAGAUGCAUGCUGUAGCGCUCUAGCUACGGUGAUCGUGAGUUGGGUCCGGUCUAGAUGGUUCUUUUUAGUCAUGAUGAUUAUAAAUAGGUUGGUUUGGCCUAGAUGGAGCAUGAGGGUAGGAGUUGUAGCAGCGCUCCUUGGCCAUGACGAUUGUAAGUGGAUUUGGUCGGGACGGUUUUGCUCUAGAUUUGGCAUGAGGAGCGUGAUUUAUGGUCUUUUGGACGAGUACCUGCCAUAGUAUCGUUGAGUCAUAAGGAUUGUAAGUGGGUAGCAUCGGGUUUGGUCUACAUUUAGGAGUCAUGACCUUUGUCUUGGGAUGAAUGCGUGCCAAAGUAAUCUUCUAGUCUGAUUAUUGUAAGAGGGCAGGUCGGGAAAAAAAAAAAAAGGGUAAUUAUAAAGGCAUGAAUUGGAGGGAGGAAACCUCAGCCUUGGCUCAUGGUGAAUCAACCCAUGAAUCCUGAACGGCAAGCGCCCCCUCCGCCCCCCAAAAAAAAGAAGAAAAGAAAAGGAAAAGGAAAAUGUUGGACAAGCCCCAGUUCCGGGGAGAUACCUUGGCUCAGGCUUAACGUGAGUGGACCUGUGGAUUCAACUCAAAAGGUCCAAAAAAAAAAAAAAAAAAANAAAAAAAA